AUGUAUAAAGCGGCUCCCCCCACUGCCGGCCUCGCCAGGGUUGGUCCUGUCAGGGCUUCCAGGCCUCAGUCCUCGCUGUCGCCGGUCCCCUGCAGGAGAAUUGGCUGUUCAGUCGGUGGUGGCGGCCGGUCUCUCAGCUUCUCCAGGUCCAGCGUUGAGCUCCACCGGAGACUCGGGCUGUUAGGACGAGGAGGAGUCUGUCGGGUGCCGCCGUUCAGAGUACCGGCCAGGGCGUCCGCCGUCGUGAUUGAGCGUUUCCAGCGGAAGAUCGCCGCCAUGGGUCCGUAUUCUGCCCAUGGAUCAAUUCUUUGCUUGCUUGGUUGCCCCUCUUCGGUGCAGGACUUUUGUCAACUUUUUUGGUUUUGACUGGUAGACUCUGGUGUGGCUCACUGAUUCUGGUUGAAUGUACACUAACUGUUUGUUGAUAUGUUGGUGUUGGGGCAUUGCAGAUGACGGUAACGCCUUUAAGGAGAUUUUGACUAGCCUUCCAAAGCCUGGAGGUGGUGAAUUCGGGAAGUACUACAGCCUACCUGCUCUGAAUGAUCCGAGGAUUGGUAAAUUUGCUUCUUCUGCUUGUUGUGUCCUGCACGUGUGGCCUGAAUAAUGCGUACAAGAUUGUUUUAUGGCUCACUGUAGAAUGGUUCGCUGUAUAAGAAGAGUCAGUUUUUCCUUUUUUUACAAUUUACUAUCUCAUACCCUGGAUUAUAUUUCAUUCUAAAAUUUAUGUAGUAACAUUUUUGUAUCGUUUUUUUGGUUUAAACUGGAGAUUAGUUCCCCAGUGACGUGUUUUCCUUUAUGCGAAGUUUUGAUUUCUUUUGUAAUUGAUCACAGCUUCAACUUGGACUUUGUGUUGUUGAUUGAGUUGUUCUCUUUCCAUUUUUCAUGGCUGAGGCAUUUUUUUUGACUUGUGCCUAUCACGCAGGUAAGCUGCCAUAUUCCAUCCGGAUUCUUCUCGAGUCCGCAAUCCGUAAUUGUGAUAAUUUCCAGGUCACAAAAAAUGAUGUUGAGAAAAUUCUUGAUUGGGAGAACACCUCUCCCAAGCAAGUUGAGAUUCCUUUUAAACCUGCUCGUGUCCUUCUACAGGUGAGAAUGAUGUCAGAAAAGUUAAUUCUUUUCAUUUUUUAAGAUCAUAUUUCCCAGGAAUUCAUUUCUUACAGUCUUUCUGUGCUCCAGGAUUUUACAGGCGUACCAGCUGUUGUUGACCUUGCUUGUAUGAGAGAUGCUAUGCAAAAUCUAGGAGAUGAUCCGAAAAAGAUCAACCCUUUGGUAAGUCCAAGCCAUCUUUUACUUUGGGUACCAGUUCUAAUAUUGGCAUUUGUAAAUUAUGAAUAGUUCCAUGGUUAUUUUUUUUCUUUAUGCUUUGAACGAGCACACGCCUUUAAUAAUUAUUUUUGGUGGCUCCUGAAUGGAGUAUGUAGGAAUUAACAAGGCUGUACUUUCUUUAUUUGGCUUUCCAGACUGUCCUCAAUUGGGUUUUUACUUUCUUGAAAACGUCUUGAAACUCAUAUUUUACCCAAAGGCGUCCGUGUGCUAUGUUGGGUUCAAAGCGCUUCCUAUUGUUUUUGCACUUGAUAUUUGGUUCUGUACCAGCUUUUGAUGAUUCUUUCUAUGCAAUCUGAAAUGGUGAUCAUUGAACCUGUGUACUAGUUUUUAUCAAAAAUGAAAUCCAACACAUUGCAUUCUCCCAGAUGGGAAAUGACGACACAAAACAAUAGAACACUCUCUAAAUGAAUUCUGACGUAAAAAACGAAGCCGAAUUUUGGCCGCAUAUCUUCUGCUUUUUGUUUGCAGAGUAAUUUCCUCGCUAAGUUCCGAAAUCUUUCUGCACUGCAGGUUCCUGUAGAUCUUGUCAUUGAUCACUCAGUUCAGGUGGAUUUGGCAAGAUCAGAAAAUGCAGUGCAGGCGAACAUGGAAUUAGAGUUCUAUAGAAAUAAAGAGAGAUUUGCUUUCCUUAAGUGGGGAUCAACUGCUUUCCAAAACAUGCUUGUUGUUCCUCCAGGUUCUGGUAUUGUGCAUCAGGUAUUAAUAACUUUUUCAGUCCGACCAGGUGGCCUUAUUUGUUUUUCGAGAUUUGUUUACACAUUCUUCACAAUUUUGAUGAUAAGUUUACCUCUUAAAAUGAUGUUAAUUACGUUACCACCUCUUCAGGUUAAUCUGGAAUACCUUGGUCGAGUUGUCUUCAAUACAGAUGGACUCCUAUAUCCUGAUAGUGUCGUAGGCACUGAUUCCCAUACCACAAUGAUUGAUGGAUUGGGAGUUGCUGGUUGGGGAGUUGGAGGAAUUGAAGCUGAGGCUGUAAUGCUUGGACAGGUAAACGGUGCAAUGCACCUAUGACCUUUUGAUGCUUUGCAUUUUUACAUAUUUCUUUGUGAUGAAUCAUAAGACUCGUGUGUGAAGUUUUUACCCAACGUGUGUCUCUUGUAGUGCAUUAUACUUUUAAGUUUAAAUUUAAGAGGUAUGUGGGUAAGAAUAUUAGUAAUAACCGUUAUUUUGUUCGUCAUUACAUGUGUGAAUUUGAUUUCAUGUAAAUUCAACUUUGUAAUUGUUCUCUUAACCAUUAUCAAAUCACACAAGGGUAGAGGCAUGUUCCUUCUUGUGAGUUUUAUGACUCAUUCUGCUGAACAACGAGUCAAAGGUCCAACGAUGAAUUUAGAAUUUAAUAGCGUCUGGAUCAAUCAGGUCUCUUUGCUAUUAAGGUUCAAAAGAAUAACUUAUCCUUUGCCCUGUAAAAGUUCAAGGCACUGCUCUGAACGGAUAUCAUAUUUGAGAUCUUGCUGCAUACUAAAAAGUUCCCAUUGUAAAAUAAAUCAUUUUCUUGUUAUUGAUACAACAAAAUAUCAACCAAGCUCAAACAUCAGUUCCAGUUUAAAAGCUCUUACAAACAUUUUUUUUGAGAAACUUGGUGACAGACUGCCAAGAAUACUGCUAAACUUUAUAAGAUACUCAAUGAAUGAAAGAGCCAAGCCAGGUCCUUUCCUCUUUCUUAGGAAAAAGAGGAAAGGACCUAUCUCAAUGAAUAAAUUUUCCGUUGAAUAAGGAGCUUCCUUUUGUGUCACCAUAAAAUUGGGUCACUUAUAAUCAAGCUUCUCCCUGGCAUAGUAAUUGUACGGUCAACUCAAUGCAAUACCAGUACAUGUCUGUGUGGAAAUUGAUGUUGUAGCCGCAUGUAUGAUUUUGCAAGAAUCGUUUUCUGAUUCUUUUUCUCAUCGACAUAGUUUAUGACUUGUACAUAGAGUCAGUCGUAUUUGAUGCAUUUAGAGUUGAUAUUUUAAUUCAUCUUCAACUAUACUGAAGAGCUCAAAUAAAUAAACAGUACGUGUGUCUCCUUUUUUUAGCCCACAAUCUUGACAUUACUAAGAAUCUUGGAUACUUUCAGUUAUCUAAUUUACUCAUAUUAAUUCAGUGAUUAGAGACUUAAUUGAUUUUGGGUGCUUAAGUAUACUUCUCAUUGUGUAGAACAGUACUGGCACUCUCUUUGUUUGUGAUUAAAAUUUGCAUAAAUAUUGACUUAAUUUGUCUUUCAAAAUAAUUUUGUAUUAAUGCUGCCUUUAAUUGGACAGCCCAUGAGCAUGGUCUUGCCUGGUGUUGUUGGGUUCAAGCUAUCUGGAAAAUUAGGUGACGGUGUCACAGCCACUGACUUGGUCCUGACUGUGACACAAUUGUUGAGAAAGCAUGGUGUUGUUGGCAAGUUUGUUGAGUUCUAUGGUAAUCCCUUGAACUAUUGAAAACAAAACCAUUUGUCACGUCUGAAUCUACUUCGUUUACUGAAGAUUUUCUUUGAUGGUGCAUAGGGGAGGGCAUGAGCGAGCUGUCUUUGGCCGAUAGGGCAACCAUUGCAAAUAUGUCACCUGAGUAUGGAGCCACAAUGGGCUUCUUUCCUGUUGAUCAUGUAACUUUACAGUAUCUCAGACUCACAGGAAGAAGUGAUGAGACUGUGAGUACCUCCUUUAUAUAUAAUAAAAAAGGAAUGGAAAGGUAAUGUGCCAUUGUCCUUUGUGUAAGUCCUCUCUUUUUCUGUCUAACAGGUAGCAAUGAUAGAAGCUUACCUGCGAGCAAACAAAAUGUUUGUGGACUACAGUGAGGUAAUGCUGCCAUUAACUGAUUUUAAUGAGUUGGAAUAGCGUUCGAUUUCUCAUUUUUUAAGAAACUUUAGAUGAGCAAAUCGUGAAUAACGAAUUCCGUUUGUAAAGUGGACAACUAAUAUGUGCUUCUCGAUCCAGCCUCAAAACGAAAGAGUUUAUUCGUCGUAUCUAGAAUUGAACCUUACAGAGGUUGAGCCUUGCAUUUCUGGGCCAAAAAGGUGCUUGACGUAAUUCAUCUGAUGUUUAGGCAUUUUUUGUGUUCUGAAUGUCUUUGACAAUACUUUCUGUUUUGUCAUAUUAAGUUUCUGUUAUUUGGGUACAGGCCACAUGACCGAGUUCCUUUGAAAGAGAUGAAGACCGAUUGGCAUUCUUGUUUAAGUAAUAAAGUCGGUUUCAAGGUUAGCUCGUUUGGUAUUGGUAGUCUUCUGGAUGUUUAGUUGUCACAUGCAAAGUCUGAUUACAGAAUAUAAGAUCUUUUUCUUGCACAAAUGUGGCUAUUUAAUGAUGAUGAAUUGGAACUAUUUGGAGAACUCGAUUAAAUCUAUAAUUCAACUGUGAUGUUAUAAGAAUGUUGAAGUACUGACCGCAACAAAAUUUUAUUUACUCACUAUCCUAUGCUGAAACAACACUAUAUUUUCAUUGAUAUUACCUGCAAUAUUGCGUAGCUAGUAUUCAUUCAUGGAGGUUCAAGUUGUUAUUUUCUUUGAUUACAGGGCUUUGCAGUUCCAAAAGAAUCACAGGAGAAAGUUGUCAAAUUUUCAUUUCAUGGCCAGCCUGAAGAGCUUAAGCACGGUAGUGUUGUUAUUGCAGCUAUCACAAGUUGCACAAACACCUCAAAUCCUAGUGUCAUGCUUGGGGCUGGUCUUGUGGCAAAAAAGGCCUGUGAAUUAGGUCUUGAGGUCGGUCUGAAUGACACAUUCAUUUAUAUUCCUGUUUUCAAAGAAAAUGAUUCACUUUUAUGCGUAUUUUUGGGACUGGAGUCGUGCACAUUUAUCCUCAUAGAUAUGAACAGGUAUACCUUUUGAUCGCAUGUAGAUAUUCAUUGUCUUAUGGUCACUUUUUUUCCAUCAGUAAUAUCAAGGUCCUGCAAUUCCUGAAGUAGAAGAGUCAUGCUUUAUUGAAGGAUUGAACUAUGGCGUAUUAAAUGAUAUGAACCGAUGCAUAUGACAGUGUGGGACCGUCCUAUCGUUUGAUGGGUCAGUUAACAUUUUGCCAUGACAUUUGAUUGUACUACAACGUUGGAGCAGUAAUCUGGUGAUUAUACUUACGGUAGUCCCCUUGCACAGAGGCAAAUUGGAACUGUUUCUUCUCUUGAAGACAACCUGGACCGGAUGUUUGAGCAGAAACAGGUGACAAUCUUCACCUGGAAGAACCUCUAGAACAAAAAAGGAAACGACUUAGAUGUCCUACAAUGUGAAAAUCCUUAAUCCCCUUGAAAAAAAAGGCACGUCUUUCUCUCUUGUUUUUGACAAAAGUUGAAGCUGAUGUGAACUGAUAUCAGUUGUACUGCAGAUGUAGGUAGUCCCUGAUUAUCCUUCCCACCUUGUCCCUUUAUUUCUUUUUAAGGGGUUAGAACCUCAGUUUAAUGGAGAACAGAGAGAUAAACUUUGUUCAGGGGAGUAGAAUUGGCAGAGUCAGUAUAGUGCUUGGACUUGGGAAGCGAGUAAGGACUCCGGGAUCACAAAUCUACUGAAGAUGUUCUCUGGCUGCUGGUUCUGGUCCAGGGACUAACUGCUUUGAAACUAAGCUGAUUAGAGUGACGUUGAGUAGAAGCUGUUUGACUUUCGACCUAGUGGAUUACCACUUAGUUCCUUAGCUUACCACUAGCAGAUGUUGUUUGACAGAUGGAUUAGUAUCAUUAAAAGUUUGACAGAAAUGAAGAACCGAAUAAAUGGAAAGCUGUAGAUCCAGCACUGGGCAGAAUUCAUGGUGUGAGCAAGGCCCUUGACUGUAUAUAUGCCUGCGGAAUUUUUUGGGAAAGAGAAGAUAUUCUAUGGAUCAGAAUUGUGAAGACGAAACAUGGACUACAGAUCAGAUAUCUCAGCUUAGUAGAGGACUUUCUCCCCACGUGGUGAUACGAUAUGAUUCUCAUCCCUACUUUGUCCGGUAAUGGUAAUAUUAUCAACUUAGGUGUACUUAUGUGGGUUUAUAGUUUGUCCUUCGACGAAACGUGGUGUGGCUCUCCAGAACCGAGAUUUUAGGGGAAAUCCAGUGGGUACUGGCUUCUAAUCAAUUUUCCAGGAACUAGGCACAGUUUUAGUUCAUCAAUGGUAUAGAAGAGAGGGAGGAGAAGAAAUGGGAAGCAAAUGGCCAGUUUUCCAUCAUGUAGUUAAUUUAAAUUAGCCUCACAAAGACUAUAUUUUUCAUCUUUUCAAGUGUAUAAUUAAAAGCGACAAUUGAAAUGCUCUAAGGCUGCUAGCUGCACAUCUUUUUUAUCAGUAAUAUUUGAUUCAAUCAUCUUCAUUUUAUUUUCACUAUGAAGCAUCAUAUUUGACUGUGCAGUUGAUAUUCAUGAGUAAAUAGAACACAUGACUCUUGCAUAUGUAUUAGCGGAUGCUUGCUCAUUUUUUAUGAUCAGUUUAGAAAUAUAGUAUUGGGAAUUCAUCUCUCAUCAGUUUCUUCUUUUCAUAUGUAUAAUGGAUUAUGCUACAUCCGUGAACAGUUUUGAGGCACAUUUCAGUUAUCAUAUAAAUCUUGGUGUAGGACUUGAAAGCGUUGACUCUGAAUUGAUCUCCCUGAUGAGAAACUCUAAGUCAGUUUAAUUGCUGUCGAAGCAAUAUCCAAUUAAUACCUUUGGUUACAGCUCAUCUUUCUGAGAACCAAAACAUAGUUCGUAUUUUAGCAUUUGAUCCAUACUUUAAGGAAUGAAAAAUCAUUUUGGUUUUUGCAUGGGCUACAGAUUUGUAAAAACUUAGGUACCUUUUUUAUUUUGUUCUUUUGGGUCCAGAUUAAGCCAUGGAUCAAAACAAGUCUUGCCCCAGGUUCUGGAGUGGUCACCAAAUACCUUAUCCAAAGGUAUAGAUUCGUAAUACAUGGGAUGGGAUGGAUCUUAGUGGUUUCUUUUUUCCCUUUCUUUGUGGGGUACAUGGGAUGAUGAUGAUAUUCCAAUUUAUUUCUCACAAAUAUUCUGUCAAUCUAUGCUUUCAGUGGCUUGCAGAAGUAUUUGAAUCAACAAGGUUUCAACAUUGUUGGCUAUGGCUGCACCACAUGCAUUGGUAACUCUGGAGAUCUUGAUGAGUCUGUCGCUGCUGCAAUAUCCGAUAAUGGUAACUAAUCAUAGGCUUUUCUGGCUUUUUGUUCAUCCACUCAUGUUCAUUCCAUCCUAUUUUUCACUCUUCCCGGGGCCUUUUAUGGUACUAUUUGAUUUAUACUGGAAAUGCUUGCAGACAUUGUUGCUGCUGCUGUGCUCUCCGGUAACCGAAACUUUGAGGGCCGUGUGCAUCCGUUGACUCGAGCUAACUAUCUGGCUUCACCCCCUCUAGUUGUCGCCUAUGCUCUCGCCGGCACAGUGAGUAGUCCAAGAUACUUCAGUCUUCAAUGGCUUCUUACAUUUUUGUGCCCAGUAGAGUUGACUUGUGAAUUAAGCGUGUUGACCCUGUAGAGCGGAAGACCAAAAGCACUGCCUUUUUGGGGGGCUUCGUUGAAUCAUAUUUGAGCAAGUGUCAAACUAAGUAAGAGAGCAGGAGAUUAUAACGGUGACCUUGUUCCAUCCUUAAUCAUCAUCACCUGGUGUGAACUAAGAUAAGAUCAUCAGUUAUUUUUGACCAACGGGAAAAGCAACAGAUUAGAGGAUGAUUUUUAUGUGGUCAAGAGUGUAGUGCGAUGAGUUCUAAAGAUCCCACUUUUAUUGGCAAGAACGAUUUGGUCAACCAACAAAAUAAGGAAGAAACUGAAAAGCUCUUAGUAAGAUGGCAUACUGUCUGGGUUUUUGACCCUGUAUGUGGGUCAUUUCCUGCCGGUUUUUUUUUUUUUCCCCUGGCUCCUCUCUGAGGACAGCCAGUCUCGCUGAAUGUUUUAAUAAGACUUUAAUUUAGCAACCCUGUUGACCUUCUGUUUGAGUCAGCCCAUUGACUUCCCAUAUUUUUUACCCCGAAAACUAUUCCAGGUGGACAUUGACUUCGAGAAGGAACCCAUUGGGAGAGGGAAAGACGGGAAGGACGUCUAUUUCAAGGACAUAUGGCCAUCAAACGAGGAAAUCGCCACGGUCAGUCAGCACUGCCACACAGUUGACUUGGUCCCUUUUCAUCUCUCCCAGCUAGUUGACUUAUUCCGCUUCCUCCCCUUUGCAGGUGGUCCAAUCCAGUGUCCUCCCUGAGAUGUUCAAGAGCACCUAUGAGGCGAUCACGAGAGGCAACCCGAUGUGGAACCAGCUCUCCAUCCCAUCGUCAACUCUCUACUCUUGGGACACCCAGUCAACGUACAUCCACGAGCCACCAUACUUCAAGGGCAUGACUAUGGAUCCUCCUGGGCCUCAUGGCGUGAGGGACGCCUACUGCCUGCUCCUCCUCGGUGACAGCAUCACCACCGACCACAUCUCCCCAGCAGGGAGCAUCCACAGGGACAGCCCAGCAGCAAGGUACCUCCUUGAACGGGGCGUUGACCAGAGGGGCUUCAACUCCUAUGGUAGCCGCCGUGGGAAUGAUGAGGUGAUGGCGAGGGGGACCUUCGCCAACAUCCGCUUGGUCAACAAGCUGCUGAAGGGGGAGGUGGGCCCCAAGACGAUCCAUAUCCCCACUGGGGAGAAGCUGCCCGUGUACGAUGCUGCCAUGGUAUGUCUUCCUUUUUGCUCUUGUGUUCUUGAGUUCUUUGAAUCUUGGUUUCAUUCAUUAGAUUGUCUUUACUAAAACUAGGAAAAUUUUGGUCAGAAUUUGUAGAUCCAUCCUAUGUGAAGUUUUCUCUCAUUUUUAAGCUACAAAAAUAAAGAAAUCAUUCUUUUUAGAUUUUUUGGUGUGUGGGAUUUGGGUUUUCAGUGAUCUGAUUGAGUUUUUAUCAAAUACUGUAAUUGAAAAAACUAGGAAAUCGUUGGUCAAUUGACCAUGCUAUGUUCCAUUUUUAUGAGUUCUUUGAAUCUUUUAUGAGUUUUUCUCACAAAUACUAGGAAAAGUUUGGUCAGCAUUUAUAGAUCCAUUAUUUGGAAGUUCACUCGCAUUUUAAUCCAAAAAACUCAUUUUUUUCCUCAAAGAUAAAAAUCAUUACUGUUUUCAGAUUGUUUCGUGCAUGGGAUUUGGGUUUUAGUGACCUGGUUGAGUUCUCUGAAUCUUUUAUGGGUUUUUCUCCGAAAAACUAGGAAAAGUUUGGUCAACGUUUAUAACUCCGUCCUUCGGGAGUUCUCACACUUUAAUCCAAUAAAAACUCAUUUUUUUCCUAAAAACCAUAAAAAUCAUUAUUGCGUUUAGAUUGUUUGGUGCGUGGGAUCUGGGUUUUGGUGAUCUGGUUGAGUUAUUUGAUUCUUUCAUCUGGUUUUCUUACUAAAACUAGGAAAAGUUUGGUCAACGUUUAUAACUACAUCCCUUGGAAGUUUAGUUGCAUUUAAUCCAAAGAAAAACUCAUUUUUUUCCUCAAAAAUAUAAAUCAUUACUGUUUUUAGAUUGCUUGGUGCGUGAGAUUUGGAUCUCAAUGACCUGGUUGAGUUUUCAUCAGAUUUUACUAUCUUAAAAAUAACCAAGAAAUCGUUGGUCAAAGGUAUUGCUCCUCUCUAGAUGGAUCCCUUUUCGGUAUUAUUUUAUCCCCGUGGUUGGUUACUUAUUUUCCGUUGACUUUAUCAGAGGUACAAGGAAGAUGGCCACGACACCAUAAUCCUGGCCGGAGCAGAGUAUGGGAGUGGAAGCUCCCGUGACUGGGCAGCCAAGGGCCCAAUGCUUCAGGUGGGUCCCCCAUCCCAGCUUCUUUUGACUUUCUACCAGCCAGAGCCCCAUCCC